UAAGGCAAGCACAUUGUCUCUUAACAGUAGGAUCGUGAUCGUGAACAACUCAGGCGCACGUGCCACUUUCUCUGCCACUUCUGCUCUAUACAAUUCAACCAUGGUGCACACCGUAUGGCAGCCGCCAAACAUCGCUCAGCAGUGCCCGGCACAAACAAAUCUCACCGCGUGUACCCCUUUUGCUCUCGUGUACCUUAACUUGUUGGUGAAACUCUUUGGCUCAGCGCCGGAUCAUGCCCCUGACCCUGAGCCUGUAGACGCAGAAACCUACGACUUCAUCGUUGUAGGAGCCGGGGCCGCUGGAUGCGUCGUUACUAACAGACUUAGUGCAAUUCAAGAAUGGAAGGUGCUGCUUCUAGAAGCUGGUCCAGAAGAACCCGAGAUAACCUCAGUUCCCGCGCUGUCCACGGCGCUCCUCAACUCCAACUUGGACUGGCAGUACAAGACCAUGCCUAGUGACGUCGCUUGUCUCGCCUAUCCAAACCAGCAAUGCAGUUGGCCAAGGGGAAAAAUGAUGGGUGGAUCAAGUUCUAUCAACUCGUUUGUCUACGUCCGCGGCAACAAACUUGACUAUGACGAUUGGGCGGCGCGUGGUAACCCGGGCUGGAGCUACGAUGAGGUAUUACCAUACUUCAAGAAAUCUGAAAGAAAUCUAAAUAUAGAGAUGUUAGAUCGAGCAUAUCACGGCGUCAACGGCGAUCAAGCUGUGUCAUUAUUUCCCUAUGUUGACAAUCCAGCUAUUAUGAUAACCGAGGCCUUCAACGAGACCGGGCUGCCGAUUAAUGACUGUAAUUCCGCUCAACAGUACGGAACCUCACAGGCCCAAACCAUCUCAGAAGAGGGACAGAGAGCUUCUACUAACAGAGAGUUCAUCAAACCCAUCAGAUACAAACGGAAGAAUCUUACUGUCAGACCAGAAUCCGAAGUUAUCAAAAUACUAUUUGAUGAAAACAAAAGAGCUUCUGGCGUACAAUACAUUAAAAACGGGCAGCUAUACACAGCUUAUGCGACUAAAGAAGUCAUAGUGAGUGGCGGAUCUAUAAACUCUCCAAAACUACUAAUGCUUUCUGGAAUCGGACCUAAAGAACAUUUGAAAGAUCUAAAUAUUCCAGUGAUCUCCGAUUUACCAGUUGGGGAAAAUCUACAUGAUCACGUCACGUUCAACGGUCUUGUUGUUGCGUUGUCAAAUGAAACAGCUACCACUGUCAGCCAGGAAGAGAUCAUUCAAAAUAUAAUGGAGUACAAGCAGAUGAAAGUAAAAAGGGGUCCAUUGUCAGGUGACGGCCCAGUGAGCAGUGUAUCUUUUUAUUUGACUGAACCUGGCUUGCCGGCUCCCGAUAUUCAAGUACAAGUUGACAAUGUUAACUGGGAAGAAUUUAUCAGAGAACCUAUUGAUUCUAAAGGUUUGGCUAUCUUUCCGACAGCGUUUUAUAAUGGACUCAUUCCAAGGGUCAUGAACAAUGUUCCAAAGAGCAGAGGUAGAUUACUUCUCAACGCGAGUGAUCCUUGCGGACACCCUCUGAUAUCCCCUGGGUAUUUGACUGACCCGCACGAUUUAGAAGUAUUAAUGAAAGGUGUGAAAAGGGUUUUGGCUUUGGAAAGCACUCAUGCUUUUAGAUCUAGAGGUGCUUACUUCGUUAGAACCCCUCUGCCAGCGUGCAAGCACUUGACUUGGGGUACAGACUCAUACUUUGAGUGUUUGGCGAGGUCUUACACAUCUAGUCCUUACCAUCCUGUGGGGACUUGUAAGAUGGGCCCCGCAGGCGAUCCCACGGCAGUGGUGGACCCCAGGCUCAGAGUGCAUGGAGUGACAGGUCUAAGGGUUAUAGACGCGUCUAUGAUGCCACAUGUACCUCGAGGUAACACGAAUGCUCCAUCAAUUAUGAUUGGAGAAAGAGGAGUGGCUUUAGUCUUGGAGGAUUGGCUGGAUAAAUACAAAAUAAGAAACGUGGAAAUCUUUACCAGUGACGCGGUUACAUGUACGUGUGACUAGCUUGAAAACUUACAUCAACUACACCAACACACUUGCUUGUAAAGUGAAACUUAUUAAACCGCUUUUAUAACCUAGAUACCUAUUACGCACGCGUGUUUUUUUAUUAUAUUAUCGCACUUGUAUAACCGAUCGAGUUAAGAUAGUAACUUAUUGCUAAUAGUAUGUAUGGAGACAUCACCUGCUUGUCUCCUCACCGGUUGUUUAAUCACCAGGCAUCGUAAACUGCGAGCGAAAUCCAUUGAAGGACUAGGGUUGUUACUUAGUCAAGUCAAAAACGUCAAACUACGUCAUUUCAAUGGAUUUCGCUCGCAGUUUACGAUGCCUGCUAAUCACCUUUUGUACCGCUCGGAGAUAUUGUCCUUCUUCCAUGCGCUGGAUUUAUUUCUACGUGCCAGAGAGCAAAGUCAGAUAUUUUGAGUAGGCCUCCACACAAGCAUGCCGUCGAGGGGGCUUUUACCUAAAAGUAAGUACUAAAGAAAGUGUCAAAAAUACUGAUUUAAACUUUCACGAUUUUUACUCAUUAUUAUUUACAACGACGGGACUUAAUCGCGUAAAAUAAGUUUUAAAUUUACCUCCGACGUUUCGAGGACGGCGUUGUCCCCGUGGUCUCGGGUCUUCUCCUAGACCACGACGGGGACAACACCGUCCUCGAAACGUCGGAGGUAAAUUUAAAACUUAUUUUACGCGAUUAAGUCCCGUCGUUGUAAAUAAUAAUGAGUGUCAAAAAUAGUCUCCAAAGCACAUCUUCAAAGGACCUAAGGCUUGUAAAAGCUGUGAGAAUCAAAUGAAAUCAUUUUGUGACCUUUGCAAGUAAAAUAAUGUAUUUUUUUACCCGCGUACUCUUAUAGGCGUUAACGCGUACUCUAUAUUAGAACAGGGGUUGUAAGAGUACGCAAUUCCCAUUUUUGUUAAUUGUUAUUAUUAUUAGAAAACUGUCAUAGUUUUGCUACUGUUUAUCUCACUUUAUGGAAGAUGAUUAAAUUGUAGAUAGAAUAA